GAGACAAGACGAAAAUUACGGGUUCACCCUAGUGCGCCCACGGAAAGAACAGUCAACCCACAACAGCUUGAUACUCACGAUAGUUCCUUACAAUACGAGCGGUACCCUUCACUCGCGCAUCUUGUAGCAUUGAGUCACCAGGGCUACAGCACACACACACACGCACAUAACCUAAACCUUGCAGCUAUCAUUAUAUAAUCCCGCACCCCACAUCUACUUUUUUUCCUCCCACUCUUUCACGAUGGCCUCCUUCUGCCCAGAAGACCCUUACUUCAACCUCUUUUUCACUCCGGCACCAACUCGAAGCCCAUCGCCAUUCCCUCCUCUUCCUCCCACCUCUACCGCGACCCCAUCUCUGGUGAGAGCGUUGAUGUACUCGACCUCCAUCCCAAUGUCCAUCAUGCCGUCCUCCAAGGAAGCUGUCAUCAGCAAGUCGCCCAUCCUCUCCGCCCUGCGCUCCCCGGUGGGCACCGCGGACUCCACCAACAAGACCUUUGACUCGGGCUACUUCUCCUCAUUCUCCCAGGAGACCACCCUCAAGCCCUCUGCUCAUCGCGGCUCCAUUUCCUCCACCAUGACCACCUCAUCCGUCGCGACGACCUCCACUACCUCAGAUGCCGCUGUUGCUGAAAUUCGCAUCACCACGGUGACCACCAAGACCACCACCAAGGUCGACAUCCUACAGCGCCGUUUUCCCAAGCCCACAGAGGAGGCCAGCGUCGAGGAGCUGCUGGCCCGCCCUCCCCUUAAGCACUCGCUCAGCCACUACGUCAAGAACGCUCGCGACAAGCGCUUGCACAUGGUUGACCCCGAGGAGGAAAGGAAGCGCUUUGAGAAGGCCAAGGCGGAGUUGUUGGCUGCGAAGGCGGCUUUUGACUUGAAGAUUUAAGUCCUUCUCGCCUCUCGCCACCUUCGGGAUAAAGCAACUUGGUUUUCUGCUUACCGGCAAUCAAUUUAGCAAGCGCUUUUGACUGAUGGGGGCUUUGCUACCUCUAGCGACAGUAGCGAGCGAGCGACCAUGGAAGUCCGUUCGGCAUCCGAUUUCGGGGAUUCCUUUUUGGAAUUUUCUUCUUUUCGAUUCUUCAUUCAGCAAGCGACUUCGUUUGGCUUCUUUUCGACCUUGUGGCUGAGCGCUCGGCGCCUCACCACGGGGUUUUUCUGAGAUACCUAUUUCAACUUUUCUUCACCACUUUUUGAGAUACCACGGCAAACCAUCGGCGGUAAAGGGAUAGAUUUUUUUCGUCUUCGUUUCUCCUAUCAACCU